UCUGGUCACAGAGAUUCUCACUUCCACUCAAAAAUGAAGCCUCAUCCAAACACGCCCUUACUCUCUCUCUACCUCAUCGCUCUCUCUCUCCUCCUCUCCUCCGCCGCCUCCUCCUCCUCCGACGGCGAGCAGACCUUCAUCGUCCACGUCUCCCACUCUCACAAGCCCCUCGCCUUCCCCACCCACCGCCACUGGUACUCCAGCAUCCUCCGCUCCCUUCCGCCGCACCACCGCCCCGCGAGGAUCCUCUACUCCUACAGCCGCGCCGUGCGCGGCUUCUCCGCGCGCCUCUCCGCCGAUCAGGCCGCGGCGCUCCUCCGCGUCCCCGGCGUCGUCUCCGUCGUGCCAGACGCGAUCCGUCAGGUUCACACUACGCAAACCCCUAAAUUUCUAGGUUUAGCUGAUUCGUUCGGUAUCUGGCCGAAUUCGUACUACGGCGAUGAUGUGAUUGUUGGUGUUUUGGAUACUGGCAUCUGGCCGGAGCGGGAGAGCUUCUCCGAUGAAGGCCUCGGCCCCGUUCCGGCGCGGUGGAAGGGGAAAUGUGGAGAUUUCCCCGAUUUCCCGGCGAAUUUGUGCAAUAAGAAGAUUAUCGGUGCGAGAGCGUAUUAUCUAGGUCAUGAAUCUGCGAACGGCGAAUCGGAUGAAUUGAAGUCGCCUAGGGAUACGGAAGGCCACGGCACGCACACGGCGUCGACCGCCGCCGGAGCGGUGGUGAGGAACGCGAGCUUGCUCGGAUAUGCGAAGGGUGAAGCUAGGGGAAUGGCGAUUAAAGCGAGGAUCGCGGUGUAUAAGAUCUGCUGGACGUUUGGAUGCUACGAUUCCGAUAUUUUAGCUGCGUUUGAGCAGGCGAUCGAGGACGGAGUCGACGUGAUCUCGCUUUCCGUCGGCGCUAAUGGCUACGCGCCGCCGUACGAUCACGAUUCGAUCGCGAUCGGAGCCUACGCAGCGACGGAGGAAGGAAUCGUCGUGUCGUGCUCCGCUGGAAACUCAGGACCUGGCGCCUACACUUCGGUCAACAUCGCGCCGUGGAUUUUGACCGUCGGAGCUUCCACGCUCGACCGCGAAUUCCCCGCCGAUGUCGUUCUCGGCGACGGAAGAGUCUACGGAGGCGUCUCUCUCUACUCCGGCGAAUCGCUCGGCGCAGAUCUGCUUCCGUUGGUUUACUCCAAGGACUGCGGAAGCCAGUACUGCUACACCGGCAAACUCGAUCCGUCGAAAGUCGCCGGGAAAAUCGUGAUCUGCGAUCGCGGCGGCAAUGCGAGAGUCGAGAAAGGGGAAGCCGUCCACGUCGCCGGCGGAGCCGGCAUGAUCAUGGCAAAUCUAGACGAAAACGGCGAGGAGCUUCUCGCCGACGCUCACUUCAUCCCGGCGACAAUGGUCGGAGCCGCCGCGGGAGACCAAAUCCGAGCCUAUGUCACCUCAGAUCCAAAUCCAACGGCCACAAUCGUAUUCAAAGGAACCGUCAUCAGCAAUUCCCCUUCCGCGCCUCGGAUCGCGGCCUUUUCAAGCCGCGGCCCGAGCUACCGGACCGCGGAGAUUCUGAAGCCGGACGUGAUCGGCCCCGGCGUCAACAUCCUCGCGGGGUGGACGGGCGCGAUCGGCCCCACCGACAUCGAAAUCGACACGAGGAGGGUCGAGUUCAACAUCAUCUCGGGGACGUCCAUGUCGUGCCCCCACGUCAGCGGCCUCGCGGCGCUGCUGAGGAAGGCGCACCCGGCGUGGACGCCGGCGGCGAUCAAGUCGGCGAUGAUGACCACCGCCUACGUCGUGGACAACACCGGGAAGGAUCUCAGCGACCUCGCCGGAGGCGAGUCCAACGCCUACAUCCACGGGUCGGGCCAUGUCGACCCGAACCGGUCCCUGGACCCGGGCUUGGUCUACGACUUGGAGACGUCGGAUUACUUGGGAUUUCUCUGCACAAUCGGAUACGAUUCGAAGAAGAUUUCCGUGUUUUCGAAGGAUGCUUAUUCAUUGGAUUGUGAUGCGUUGGGAUUCAAGAAUCCCGGGAACUUGAACUACCCUUCGUUUUCCGUUGUGUUCACCGGCGGCGACGGCGUGAUCACGUAUAAAAGGACGGUGACGAACGUCGGGGAGGCCGGGGCCGUGUACGAGGUGGGAGUGGCGGCGCCUCCCGGGGUGGAGGUGAGCGUGUCUCCGAGCAAGCUGGUGUUCGGUGAGAAGGGGGAGAAGUUGUCGUAUGAGGUGACGUUCGAGGCCAGGGCGGGCGGGGUGGAUGCUGCCGGAUUCGCAGUGGUGGGUGGGGCGAAGUCGUCGUUCGGGUGGCUGGAGUGGAGCGAUGGCGGGGGCCACCGGGUGAGGAGCCAGAUCGCGGUGCUGUGGAAGGAGAGCGGCGGCGUGGCGGCGGCGAUGUGAAGGUGAUGUUGCCGGAGAGGGGGAAGGGAGAGUGGAGGUUUUGGGGCUUUGCUUGUUUGUGCUCUCCAUUGUUGUGUGUAGAAUAAGGAUGUAAACAAUUGGAAGCACACGACUUUAAGCUUAUUUUCAUGGUGGAGAAUUAAUUUGAGGUUUAUUGAGCAAGAGCUUUGUGAAAUUGGGUUUAUUGCAAUGCUAUAAAGCAUUGGCUUUUCUGUUUCUAUCCACUUCUAUGUUGGAGCUUUUCAA